AUGGUCAAGACACUAGAAUGGGAACCACUAGCUAAAAGACGAAGCAACCAUCGACUCGCCAUGCUUUACAAGAUACAGCAUGAGCUAAUGGACAUUGAUGCCAGUUCCAUCUUACGUGCAAACGAUCGGCAUACUAUAAAAGAAAAAGAGCUGCGGAUAGCUUUAGUGGGGAAAACGGGAGUAGGAAAAAGUGCAACUGCAAAUACCUUGUGUGGAGAGAAAAAAUUUCAGUCUGGCACGGUAGCGGCCAGUGUGACACAGAUUUGUCAACAAGAGAAAACAAAGAUACAUGGAACCGAGGUUUUAAUUAUUGACACUCCAGGGAUAUUUGACACAGAAAUCGAUCCAAGUAUCAUUGAAAACGAAAUAAAAAGAUGCGUCCAUAUCGGUGCACCAGGUUUACAUGCUGUUCUUUAUGUAAUGGAGAUAGGGAGAUUUAGAAAGGAAGAUAUAAACGCAAUAACGGAAUUUCUGAGAUUUUUCGAAUGCGAAAUGAGGGACCGAGUGAUCGUUGUUUUCACAUAUGGUGACAAACUACAGAAAAGUGGGACAAGACUUGAAGAAUUUCUACAAAAAGCUCCAAUGUUCUUAAGAAAUUUCCUGGAUGACUGUCAAAAUCGUUGUAUACUUUUUAACAAUGAAUUCAACAAAGAACAGAGCUCAGAGCAAAUUGGUGGCCUUUUAAGGAUGGUCGAGGCACUUAAAAAAUCUAACGAAUUCGCAUAUUACUCUGAUGCCCUAUUCAAGAAAGCAGAGGAAAGAAUUCGGGUACGAGAACUGGAAAUCGAAAAGCGACUGCAGGAACAAUACAAAGAAAGGCAAGCACAAUUCGAGAGAACAAUGAAAAUUGAAAUGGAAGAUCAGAUGCGACAAGAAAGGAUAGAAGAACUUAUUGAAAUGGAAAAAGAAUACACAGAUAGAUUGGGGAAAGUCCGUGAGGAAGUCAGAAACGAAAUUUGUGAAAAAAUAGUAAAUGCACAAUUCUCUAAUGAGUUGAGUAGACUUAGGAGCAUCAUUCCUGAAACAGUUCCUUGUAGUAUCGAUCGUGAGAGCAUUUACAUAGUGAUUUGA